UCUGGUCUGUGGGGAGGAGCUGAGCGGCCACCUCGGUGAAGGAGCCGGAGCCGCCACGCCAUGGAGGACGUGCUGCCCUCGGGCCUGCUCGAGAUCUGCCUGCUGGUCGGCGUGCCCGGCGAGAGGCUGCGGGCGCUGUUGCAGAGUACUCAGAGGAAACCGAAAAGCCUCCCCGCUCUUGAUCCAGAAGUUCUUUCUGUAUUUGUGCCUCCAUUUAUCAGUAAAGAUGAUAUUCAGGUGAUUAAUACAAGUAGUAAUAACUUGAAUAAAAGUAAACGUCGAUCUUUCCGAAAGAAGAAAGAGAGACCAAAGAUUGAAAAUGCGAAGAGUCUCAAUGGGGACCAGAAAGCAGCUGAUACCGAAGAAAUCACUGUUCCAAAGGACAUUGACCUUAUUGGAUUGCCACAGCUGUGUUUCCCAGGAGGGCUUUAUAUAACUUCUGAAUCAAAAGAAGACCACAUCCAUUUCCUGGUCUUCACAGAUGUCUGUGGUAACAGAACAUAUGGUGUUGUUGCACAGUACUACCAGUCUAUACAAGAUGGGUGGAUUUCUCCAAAUGGGCCAGCCCAGUGGGAUUCUGUGCAGACUGGGAAAACACUUGGCUAUUUUGUACCGUUUGCCAUUUGUGUUAUAUCCAGAUAUCCUUAUUUCAAUGCCCUCAAGGACUGCCUGUCUUGCUUACUAGUGCAGCUGCGACCUAUCAAGAAUUUUGAUGUGGAUGAGCAUAUAAAAGAAUUUGCAGCAAAGCUAUUUUUAAUACCCACUCCUCCUCCAGGACCACUCCACUUGGUAUUUAAUAUGAAACCGCUUCAAAUAAUAAUUCCUUCACGAGAGGAUCCAGACAGCCCAAUUAUUGACCUGGAUCUUCAUCUUCCGUUACUGUGUUUCAAGCCAGAGCAGGUUUUGCAGAUUAUGACCUGCAUUUUAACUGAGCAGAGAAUUGUGUUCUUCUCUUCUGACUGGGCCCUGCUGACACUCGUGGCUGAGUGCUUUAUGUUGUAUCUCCAUCCUCUCCAGUGGCAACACACUUUUGUGCCUAUUCUGUCUCGUCAAAUGCUGGAUUUUGUAAUGGCCCCGACAUCUUUUCUUAUGGGAUGUCAUACUGAUCAUUUUGAAGAAGUUAGCACGGAGGCUGAAGAUUUAAUUCUAAUCAAUAUUGAUAAUGGGGAUAUUAUGCAUUCAAAAAAUCCUGAGGAGGAGCCUGAAAUUCCAGAUGUUCCAGCACAAGCAGCAGAAACUUUCAUAAAAAGAGUGAAGGCUCUUCAGCUGCAUUAUGAUCUAGAGCUCUGUCAUCUCAGUGCCAGCACAGACCUUGGUGAACUCCAGAUGCGUAGAAGGGCUUGGCAGCAGAAACUCAACAGUGAAGUCCAGCAGACUACUUUGCAGUUAAUUGUUAAUAUCUUCAGGGAAGUAAAAGACCAUCUAAAUUAUGAACAUAGAGUGUUUAACAGUGAAGAAUUUCUGAAAACAAGGACAAUGGGAGACCAGCCAUUUUACAGAAAGGUUUUGGAGACCUACAUGUUUCACUCUUUUCUUAAGGCCCGUCUGAACAGGAAGAUGGAUGCUUUUGCUCGACUUGAGCUAAGUACCCAGUCUGAAGAGGAGAGGUUAAACUUGAUGUUUGACAGCCCCAGGAGACUGACUAUGGAGAAAAUGGCUUCAAAGCGGUUUAAUCCCCAGUACCUGAUCAGCAGGCGCAUGGUAAUCAGCAUGCCUAAUCUGCAAGAUAUCAAGCUGCCCCAAGGUCCUCCUAGAAAUUCCUCCCUUCGACGACUAGAAACAAGCCCUGCCGUGAAACUGCCCUCCAAAUCAGUUAGCACAUUGAAAAUCCCAGAAAUUCACUUUCCUCUGAUAUGCCAGUGUGUCCAAUCCUACUAUGCAGACUUCUUCAACCAUCUCAGCAAGGCUAUAAAUACUUUACCACCUGAUAACUCAGCGUUGCUGGCAAGGUACUUCUACCUCCGGGGACUUAUUAGCUUGAUGCAAGGCAAGCUACUAAAUGCACUUUCCGACUUUCAGAAUCUGGAUAAAACAGACUUAAGAAUUUUCCCUACUGAUCUCGUAAGAAAAAUUGUGGAAACGAUGCCUCCUUCUGAACGUUCCCAGGCAGAGCGCAAACCUGAGCUGAAGAAGCUGAUAAGUCGCAUGAUGGAAAAACAGAGAGAAAUUGUGAAAAUAGAUGAUCAUGUAAAAAACUUUGAAUUGCCCAAAACACACAUGCAACUGGAUGAUUUUGUGAAGCGAAUUCAGGAAUCUGGGAUUGUCAAAGAUAUAGACACCAUCCAUAGGUUAUUUGAUGCCUUAACAGUAGGACAUCAGAAGCAAAUUGAUCCUGAAACCUUCAGAGAUUUCUACAACUACUGGAAAGAAACUGAAGCAGAAGCUCAAGCAGUUAAUCUGCCACCUGCAGUAAUAGAGCACCUGGAUAAAAAUGAGUGUGUCUACAAGUUAUCCUGCUCCGUAAAAACAAACUACGGGGUGGGGAAAAUAGCUCUGACCCAAAAGCGCUUGUUCCUUUUGACUGAAGGAGGACGUCCGGGCUAUGUCCACAUUGCAGCUUUCAGGGAUAUAGAGGAUGUUAAGAGCACAACUGUAGCUUUCCUUCUUUUGAGAAUACCCACGCUGAGGAUUAAAACAAUCUCUAAAAAAGAAGUCUUUGAAGCUAAUCUUAAAACUGAGUGUGAUCUCUGGUACCUGAUAGUGAAAGAAAUGUGGGCUGGCAAGAAAAUGGCAGAUGAUCACAAGGAUCCUCAGUAUAUUCAGCAAGCCCUGACAAAUGUUCUCUUGAUGGAUGCUGUGGUUGGUGCCCUGCAGUCUUCCAAAACCAUCUAUGCAGCCUCCAAACUGUCUUAUUUUGACAGGAUGAAAAAUGAAGUGCCUAUGAUGGUCCCCAAAACAACUUCAGAAACAUUAAAGCACAAGAUCAACCCCUCAGCUGGUGAGAUGUUUCCACAGGCAGUUGAUGUCUUACUUUAUACACCAGGGCAACUUGACCCUUCAGAAAGGCCUGUCAAUGCUCAUCCAAAACUGUGGUGUGCUUUAAAUGAGGGGAAGGUGGUGGUCUUUGAUGCAUCUACCUGGUCUAUUCAACAGCACUGUUUUAAAAUAGGCAGCUCUAAACUGACUUGCAUGGUAAUGAUAGAACAAAGUCAAGUGUGGAUCGGUUCUCAAGACUCCUUUAUUUAUAUAAUUAACACCCAUAGUAUGUCCUGUAAUAAGCAACUAAAUGAUCAUCGCUCUGAUGUUACAGACAUCAUUGUAGAGAAGAAGAACGGAAUACCCAGCGAGGCCUACUCGUGCAGCUUAGAUGGGACAGUGAUUGCCUGGAAUAUCAGCACUCUGAAGGUCAACCGUGCGUUUCAGCUGCCCUGCCAAAAUCUUACAUCUGUCCGACUUCAUAAUGAUCAACUGUGGUGCUGUUCUGGAAGCUGCAUAUUUGUAGUGUCAACUCAAGAAUUUCGACCGCACCUGAGAAUUGAGCAUAACCUGAAGGACAUGUGUUCGUGUCUUCUCUGUUUCCAGCUGUUUCCUGAGAGAGAUGAAGUGUGGGCCUCUUACUCGGGGAGCAGUGACUUAUAUAUUUGGAACACCAGAGAUCUUGCAAGUGCCCCUCAAAAGAUUCCUCUUCAAGAUUGUGCUGAGAUUACUUGUAUGAUAAAAGUUAAAAACGAGUUGUGGAUCGGCAGCAGGGGAAGGUCACAGGGCAAAAUCAAAGGGAAGAUCUACGUGGUCAGUGCGGAGAAGAAGAGCGUGGAGAAGGAGUUGGUCGGUCACGCCGACACUGUGAGGGCGCUUUGCUCCGCCGAGGACAGGUACGUCCUCAGCGGCUCCGGGAAGGAAGAAGGAAAAAUUGCCAUCUGGAAGGUGGAAUAGUUAAGCUGGGAAAAAUGUGGGCGCCUUUGCUGGCAAAAGUGAAGUCUUUGGGCUCCGCUUGGUCCAGCGUCCUGCCUAUGUUUCAACCACCUGUCAGUGUUAUUUGUAUGUUAUUUAUUUAUUUUUUUGUAACUACAUUUCAUAUUUGCUGGAUUUAUGGAGUUUUUACUGUAAAAGCUAAGUAUCCUGCGAAACUGGCAGCUGGGUUUCGUUCAGAAAUCUGUCCAUGACUGCUGUGUAUAUUUAUGGUGCUGUAUUAUUUAAAGUGUAGAGACAGGCUCUCCCUAACGGCAUGGAAAGCUCCCUGCUAGUGAAACUGGAUAUUUGGAGGUUCUCAUUAAUGGUUUUUUUUUACUUGUUUUUCCUUUAAAAACAAGGCACUGCACUUGGCAUUUGUAACUUCUUUUUGUCGCCAGCCGAAGGACUUAAUUUAUUUAAUUCCAGUGUAUCUUAUACCUGCUUUUGGGAGCAAUCUCCUUGUCCCUGUGCAAACUCCUACCCCUCCACCUUAAUUAAGUUCUCGGGACUGACUGUUCCUUAACUGCUGAUGUGCCCAACUGGGGUCACGGGGUUUUAUUUGAUCAGUGUUUCCCAGUGGCUUUUUUGAAGGUUGAUAAAUUCUGAAAUCACGGCAAACCUCUCAAAGCUACUGCUCUAUUUCCACAUCAGUGACAGAAUUGCCUGUACGGAAGGCAGCAGACCAGUCUGGGCUGUAUCGGCACUUAGUAAAGCAGAAUCAAAUAUUUAAAACAUUGUAAAUAGAGGGGAGAAAAGGGCUGCUAUUCUUGUUAACAAAUACAAACUAAAACAGUAACUGCCUACUCAAAGGGUAAAAUACU